UUGGCAACACUGUUUUAUUGUCAAAGUUGUAUUUGUAUUGGCCUUUAGGUUAUAAAAUUAUAAAUAAAGAACAAAAUGUUCAGAAAAAUUAGAUUUUCACAGUUAUCUUUAUACGCAAAUUAUUCGACAAGAUUAGAAAUCGAUGCCUGUUUACGUGAAAACUUCGAUAAACAGGAGUAUAAGCCCCGAAAACAUCCUGGCAGGUCACAGGUUAAAAUUGCUGUGAUACCAGCCGAUAUACAAAAGGCUAUCAAACUCAUUUUACAAGACUCAGAUGCUAAAUCGUACUACCAGGAGAGUGUGAAGUUGAAUAAUUAUAUACAUUCUCGUUUACUACCGCCAGAAGAUAGUCAAAUCCGAGCUAAAGCGUCAAAAAUCCACGCUGCUGUUUCGAAAAAGAUAUUCUCGAAAAUCGACAAAGAACUGACGCGGGAAGAGUUAGAAACUUGUAAUAAAAAAAUAGACACAACAGUGUUCAACGUUUUAAAGAAAAAUGUUUACCGUUGGGGCAAUAUAUCUUACGACAAAGCCACGUCCUUGCAAUACUUGAUGGCGAGGGCUCCUCCAGAAUACGCCAUUCUGGUGCGUGUGCUCGAUGAAAUUAGACGAAGGCUACCAGAUUAUAAACCUAGAAGCUUAUUUGAUUUUGGUUCUGGAGUGGGGACGGGCACAUGGGCUGUGAAUACGUACUGGAAAAACGACAUUUUUGAAUAUUUUACAGUUGACACUUCCACACAUAUGAAUGACUUAGCUCGGCUGAUCCUAUGUCAAGGCAGAGAUAAUGUAUCCAUGCCGUUCAAAUCCUAUUUCCAACGACAAUUCCUCCCCGCAUCAGCGGAUUUAAAAUACAACAUUGUGCUAUCUGCAUUUUCGCUAUUCGAAAUGCCCAGCAUGCAAAGUCGUUUGGAAACUAUACAAAAGUUAUGGAACAAAACGGAAGACUUCUUAGUUAUUGUCGAAACAGGUUCCAAUGCUGGAUUCCAUAUUGUUAACGAAGCUAGAGAAUUUAUACUGAACGGUAACGAUAAAGGUUAUGCAUUCGCACCGUGUCCUAACGACAAUGUAUGCCCACGAUAUUUGGAACAUGAAAGCCCGUGUAACUUCUUAAUGAAGUAUGAAACUUUAGGGUUUCCCUCAAAAAUAGAAAUAAUGGCAGAUUUGUUCUCGUAUGUAAUCUUAAGGAAAGGUGACCGUCCGUCCGAUGAUCCCCAAUGGCCGAGAAUAGUUCGAGCACCCAUAGUAAGGUCGGGACAUACAAUAUGCAAGCUAUGCACGGAUGGUGGUGAAUUGAAAGAAAUAAUUUUCUCCAAAGGGAAGCAUGAUCAAACUACAUACAGGUGUGCAAGAUCUUGCAACUGGGGAGAUACAUUGCCUAUUAAAUAAAAUUCAUAUGAAAAUA